AUGUCGCUGGCCCCGCCGGCGGGCCGCGAGCUCGCCAACGACGAUAACAACAACAACAUCAACAACAACAACAAUAACGUGAGCGACACCUGGCACCUGUGCGUCUACGCCUUCGACGUCAAGCCCUCGAGCGCCUCCCGCUGGGACAGCGGCAAGACGCCCAGCUGCAGGGGCCUCGUCGCCGACGAGUGCGUCGAUCAGCUGUCCAAGGACGCCGCGGCGAGCUACGCCAGGGACUCGUGUCCGGCGUUUGACACCAAGCCCGCGUGCCUGCCAGACGGCCAUGGCCUUGUCGCUGUCCGGUGA